GGUAAACAACUCGAGAAAUCCAGAACGUUAGAAAUUUACGGCUGUGUGAAGACCCGUGUUUGUUAACAACUAUAAUGGCUCUCUUCUCAUUAAGAUUUCAAAGUUUUCCAAUUAUGAAAUUAAGAUUAUGUUAUCCAUUAUUCAGACCGCCAUGCGUAAACUCAAGUACCGCAAAUACCACUAAACUUCAAAAAGGAAUAAAAGGAACAUACAUUGCAAAGAAAAUGCCAGCUUUCAAGAAAUUAGAGGCCAACAAACGAUAUUCAUGGUGUGCAUGUGGAUUAAGUCAAAAGCAGCCAUUUUGUGAUGGAAGCCAUAAAGGAACUGAAUUCAAGCCAAUUAGAAUGAAAUUUGAGCAAAGCAAGUCAGUCCUCUUAUGCCAGUGCAAACAGACAAGUAACCCACCCUACUGUGACAUGACCCAUGUAUCUGUCAUAUUCUCCUCACUCAAAAAUAUUUUCAAAAAGUAGUUGCAAUGUAGUACGGCCUGCUUUAUUAUCAACUUUUGUCUUAAUUUCUAAUAUAGUUAAUAUAAUUUACUUAAAAGUUUACUUUAUUAGUAUGAUAAUAUAUGAAAUUUAUGUUCUUGCAGUAGGUUGACUAAGCUCCAUGAAAAUUACUUUAAUCAACAUUUUUGAGAGAAAGUUUCACUGUUAAUACCUGGAGGUUGAGGAAUCUUCAGGACCCCUGGUACUUGGUGCUUUGUCCACCCCCCUUAAAACAUCUUUGUACAUUAUAAGACAGUAUACGGUACCAUAUGUUCUAUUAUGAUGUUAUCUAGGUAAAAGUAAUUCUUGCUUUUAUAGUGUCUGUCUACUGUACACUCUAUUGGAUUUAAAAUGGUGAGGGUUUGAACCAACUGUUUAUGGAAAAUAAACACAUUAGAAAAAAAUUA